AUGUUCGCAAAAGCACUGCUUCCGGGCGACGAAGAAUUGGGCAAGAAGGACGAUGACCACAAAUACAAGCCAGCGCGACGAUCUGGCUGGGCGAUAUGGAAUCACGCGUUUCGUUGGCGACGGAGACGGACACUGCUGGCUUUAGCAGGUCUGUUCGUCGUCUACUACUACUUGUCCCACGGCGGCGCAGACGAGUACAGAGAGGUGCUUGACAGGCAGCCUCGAUACCCGCUGGGACGACCCAGCACAAAUGUAUAUCAGGCGCCACAGACACAAAAUUAUGACGACGACGACGACGGGCCAACGGGGCCGCCACCGGGCAUACAUCAACCGAAACAUGGAGAGUCGCCCCCUCACGUAUAUACUGGAGAUAUACGCUUCUACCGCCUGGCUGCGUCGCUACGGGCAAGCUCAUCCAUGUCAGAAGGAUACGAGAAAAUAAACAGGAAUGUACUUUUUGCUAUGUCGAGCCUUAGGAGUGUGGCGACGCUUCUGCCAAUGGCCUGUGAAAUGUCACAGUGGAAUAGGAAUCACGUACAUGUGGCUUUCAUGGGGAGGGAGGAUAUACCCGUCAAGGAUUUGAUAGACAUCAACGGGAUAGAUCAGGAGAAAUGUCGGGUUGUGUGGCAUGAUGCGCGACCGGACUAUACAGAGUAUAGCAACGACGCGCGUGCUGAGUCUGCGGUCAUUGGUGCCCUGACUCACAUACAACGCUUCCUUCAUCCACAGGUCGCCAUCAUGGACGACUCGUCAUCUGAAGAUGAAUUUUUUACCAACGGCAUGCGAAGUAAAACUGACAAGAUUCGCGUGCCUCUAAUUGAAGUGCCAAGGGACAGGGCUGAAGACCUGAUGUGGCUGACAAGACUUGACGCGGGCUCGUUAAAACGUUGGCAUGAUCCUAGCGUAGACGUGCUGAUACAGGUACCACCGCACUCGUCGAGUGUUCUACGCUUGCUGAAGUCGAUCAAAGAGGCCGACUACAGUGGCCUUAAACCACCACGUAUCACAUUAGAGUUGCCCGCUGAGCUGGAUGUGUCUCUGAAAGAACAUUUGGAGAAGUUUGAAUGGGAUCACAGUGGCGGACUAAUUCUCAGACGGCGCAUCAUGAGUCAUGGUCACAACCAAGAAGAGUCGGCCAUACGAUUCCUCGAGCUGUUCUACCCUGUGAGUAGCAGUUCGCAUGUAUUACUACUUUCACCCCAGGCACAGCUAUCUCCUCACUACUUCCACUUCAUCAAAUACGCGCUGCUGGAAUAUAAAUACUCGUCAUUCGGCGCCUCGGAUAACGCAGGUCUCAUGGGUGUCAGCCUUGAGCUUCCGUCGGUGCUUUUGGAUGGCAAGACGGAGUUGACCCUCCCAUCGACUCGCGACAUGCAAACAACCCGAUACGAGACACUAUAUCCCAAGAUAAAGAGCUCGCCAUUCAUGUGGCAAGCGCCCAGCAGCCACGCGACAUUGUUCUUGGGUGAUAAGUGGAGGGAGCUACAUUCGUUUUUGACUCACCGGGUGGCCAAGCACCACAAGGCGAAGAAAACAACACCGCGGAAGAAGCUGGUAUCAGAGAUACUGCCGGCAUGGAGCGAGUAUAUGCUUGAGAUGAUGCGAGUACGGGGAUACUCAAUUUGGUAUCCUGCGAAACAUUCCCAUCCCCUCGUCACUAUACACAACGAGUUAUAUUACGGGCCCGAGGAAUUCACUGCAUCACCUACUGCAGACGACAAAGAAUCACCAGCCCAGCCAUCAGAAACAGGUGAAGUGUUCCUGCGCGCUGAGGGACAAGUGAAGCCUCCAAAGUAUCCAGAAACAGAUAUCAUGCCCGGCUCAGUACCCCUCCACCUUGCACUCCCCUUUGAGGGCGACCUGCCCGAGAUCCCACAUCUACCCCAUCUCCUCUACGACGGUCAGCAGAUCGAUAUUGUCAACGUUUCUACAAUAGCAAAGACAUACGCGGAUACGUUCCGAGAAGAAAUCGGUGGCUGCAAAAUUCCCAAAGGCAAGCACAAGAAGAUGAUUGCAGGUGAGGCAGAAGACUUGUUCUGUUACGGGGAUGAAGAUGCGAGCGAUUGGGAGGAUGACGAAACACGGGAGGUGGAGUUGUUCGAUGCGCCGAUGGAUGAUGAAUUGGAGAAAGUCAUUGAGGAUGCGCUGCCCAGUGCGGCAACAUCAACGUCAACAUCCACAUCCACAUCCACUAAGCAGAGUGCAACUACGCGGCCAACUGCUGGGGCUUGA